AUGGAUGCAUCUUCAGAUCUGUUGAGUGGGAGUUGUGGCGUUGGGUGGAUCAUCAAAGAUGGCUUAGAGGCCCUACUCCACCAAAAUUCUGCAAAUCGGUGCUUUGUAGGCUCGGCCUUAGCUGCAGAAGCCCUAACACUUAAGACUGCUCUCUUAGAUGCAGUGUCUUCAGGUAUCAGAGCUUGUUUAUCAGACUCCAAGAAUCUCAUUUCUCGACUCACUGGCAAUGGCAAUUCCGUCAAGCUCCAAGGAAUCUUCUGCGACAUUCGCGUGCUGAGUAACUCCUUCGAAUAUAUCUGUUUUCCUUUAUUUCCCGUUUAA